AUGACCACCAGUAGUGAAGUUCAUGGGUACUCGCUGUCGGCCGCCUCGUUGCGUGGGGAACGUGUCGUCGUGUUUGGUGUCGUGAAGAAUAUUAUUCUUGCCAUCAACGACGGUACGGACGAGCAUGCAUUUGUUGUGAAUGAUGAUCAAGUAGUGCGCGAUGUUGCACUCCUGGAGACUCCAGGAGGUGCCUGUUGCGUUGUGUCUGGUGGUGAUGGCAAGCGUAUCAACGUGUACAAUGUGCCCUCCGUGCAGGGGACGAAAGAUCAGUCGAUCCAACAUAAUGGAACUCAUACGGGCACAUUGGCGUUAGCGUUUAGCUUCGGACCACACUCUAAGCGCAUCACACACGUCGCAACCUCUGAUGACGCCACUAUAUUGUUUGCGGAUAAAUUCGGGGAAGUGUUUCGCCUCGGGUUUCUGUGGGGACCCAAUCAGAAUAUUAUGGCGGCGGGUGGUGAAGUGGCGCCCGUUUUUCUUUUGCAGCAUUUCAGUGUGAUGAGCACCUUUUUCCUCUCUGCGCCUCUUCGCCAGCCGAAGUGUGGCCAAGACUCUUUACAGACAGCAAGUACGAGGGCUGGGCUUGCCGCGUCCCGCAGGCUCUUUACUUUCGACAAAGACCGCCAUGCGAGAGUCAGCUGCUACCCUGAGACGUUUCGUAUUCAGCAGUAUCUCUGGACGGAUGCCCCGCAAUCUGUGGUGACCUCCAUCACGGAAAUACCAGACACCGCAGAGUCAGGCCGCUACUCCUACUUUGUGGUUGGCUGCCACAACGGCACGGUACACUUGUGGGUUGCAGAUAACAUGGCGCCAAGCGAGUGCAUAGCAGAUCCUUUUACUCUUAUUGGCUCCAUCGUUGCGCAGAAAAGUGUCCCUAAGGGAGAUGAGGAGGUCUCUGCGGUGGUGUCUGUGGUGUGUCUUACUUCAUCGUCCCCUGGGUCUGACAGUCGUGUGGACGAGAGUCACUCGCGAGGCAUUCUCAUUACGUGUGCAAAUACAAUGGACGUCAUCUUUGUACCUCUACGCAAAAGCGACGACAACCACAAACUGUUGUUUUGCGCCGAUGGUGCUACCCGAACUCGCUUGGAAUCCUUUCCCGUUGCAAUGGUUGGAUACAGCACCGAUUCCGCCCUUGUACUGCAGCGAAGUGGCCGCGUGCAGGUUCUGCAGCUUACCCACGGGGAUGGGCCGGUGGUCGCCCAUCUCGCAGAGGCACAACACGCGCCACUCGAGAAAGCGAUCGGGGGUCUCCUUCAGGGUCCUCUGCGCACACUGCUGAGCGAGAUGGAUUUGUUCGCGCAGUGGAAUUACGAUGCGGUGGACCCACGAGCGCGCAAGAAGAACACGAGAGCGUCGUCGGAGGACUGUGACGAGGAGGGCGAGGCGGAGGAGUGUGAGACUGCAAUGGCAACGCAGUCUGGCAGCAGCAGCAGCAAGAAGACCCGUACGGAGCACAGUGGUGUUGUGUAA